AUGGAAGAUGAGAGAAAACAUGGCAUCUUUGUUGAACCCAACAAGAUGGUGAGCCAUGUUUGUGAUGCAGCUUCAAUGAAGAAUGUACUAGAACUGAAAGUAUGUGAUGAAGAUACUCCCUUCAGGGACGACCAGCUUUGCACAGUUCUUUUUGAUAUAGCUCAGCUCCAGCCUGGUGAAACAGUCUGCAGGCAUUUUGAACUGAACCAACAGAAGGAUGAGGUGCUGGAAGUGGAGUUCACUUUGGAACAGAUGCCAGAUUUGCCUGAAAGCCUUGCUACAAAUGGAGUACUGGUGUCUCGGGAACUUGGCUGUCUAAAAGUAGAGGUGUAUGGAAGAGAAAAGAAGAAGAAAAAUAGAAGAGAAGAAUUCACAUUUACAGUGAAAGGAUCCCUUGAAGAUACUCAGAGCAUUUUACUGGGCGAUGGUUCUAGAUAUGCCCCACCAAACUCCGCAGUGUUCCACUAUGUCAAGUACUGUAACCCACACCUGGAAGUGGAAUUCCCAAAGAAAUGCUGCAUUUGUUGUUCAGAUAAAGGGCACACCAACUCCCUAACUUUGCCCUUGAAUCAGCUUCGCAUAGGAGAGAGAGUGGAAAUAUCAAACGACAAAGCAUAUAAUGUAUUUGUGACAGCAGAAAACUGCCAGAAUGACCUAGACAUGCGAUUGGGAUUUGAUGUAUGCCCAGAGGAGCAGGACUUCAUUUGUAAGCGCAAGAAAUACGUUGCUGCUGCUUUGAAAAAUGCUCUUAAUCUUCAAGAUGAUCUGCAGGAUGAUGAGGUAUAA